ACCAAUCACUUCUCGGAGAUCUCUCGAUCCUUCUCUCUCUCCCUCCCUCUCUCUCUCUCUUCUUCAAAAAAACAUUUCAUUUUCUCUCGUCAAGAGAAAAUCCAUGCGUUCAAGGUUUACGGUUACGAUCGUCAAAUCUUGAACAAAAAAGGUUGUCUCCGGCGUGUGGAUACACAUUAGCCGGAACCAACCCUUUAUAGAUCAAUGGCGACGACAAUGAAGGGUCUUCUUAAGGGCCUUCGUUACAUUACUCAGAUUUUUGAUGAAGAGAAAGAGCAGGAGAUGCAGAUAGGAUUUCCGACCGAUGUAAAACAUGUUGCCCACAUUGGCUCCGACGGUCCAACCAACAACACGCCAAGCUGGAUGAAUGACUUUAAACCUCAAGAACAUGACAAAGGUCAAGUCGUUUCCAGGGGAAAUUCCAACAAAUACAACCCACAAGGGAUGAACCAACGUGGAGCCGGGCUAAAAGAGUUACUGCCUUCGAACACCAACGAGAAACCGAAACAUAAAACAAGGCGGAAACCCGGGGGAGCAGCUUCUCCAAAUCUAAACGGGUCUCCGCCUAGAAGAAGUAGCGGAAGUGCUGCAUCAUCUGAUGAACCAUCAAAGCAUUCAAGACAUAACCGAAGCGCACACGGGUCAAUGGACUCAUCGAAUGAUCAGGAACCUUCAGUUCGUAGGAGGCGUGGUGGUAUCCCGGCUCCCGACACGGAAGCUUCUAAUCAUCUGCCUGAUGGUUCAGCUCCUCCACGGAAGGCUACAUCGCGUCCGAGGAAACUAAAAGGAUCAGCAGGAGGAGAAGGUUCGGUUAAGAAAUCAGUGAAAGGAAAACCCGAGAAUUCAGUUGAUACCUGUAACGAUAUUAUCUGAGAAACAUAAACAAAACCAUGAAAUGUAU